GGAAAAUGCAUUAACCUAGUUUUUAUAAACUACCCUACGUUAACUAGGGUUAAAUACUUCUUUAAUAUAGGGUUAGACUACUAUAUAGUAAUUAUAAACCUACCCGAGCCCCUUAGGAUAACCCCGGGGGCAGGGAAAAAAUACAUUCUGUUGGAAUGCUGGGAAGACUUCGGCUAA